AUGGAUGGGGAAGAAGUUAAGGAGGGAGAGAUGAUUAUCAUGGAUGGAGAAGAAGUCAAGGAAGGAGAAGAUGUCAUGGACGGAGAAGAUGUUAUGGAAGGAGAAGAUGGUUUGGAUGGAGAAGAAGUUAGGGAAGGAGAAGAAGUUAGGGAAAGAGAUGAAGUUAAAGAAGGAGAAGAAGUUAAGGAUGGAGAAGAAGUUUGGGAUGGAGAAGAAGUUUGGAAUGGAGAAGAAAUCAAGGAGGAAGAAGAAGCUAAGGAAGGAGAAGAAGUUAUGGAUGGAGAUGGAGAAGAAAUUUGGGAUGUAGAUGAAGUUAAGGAAGGAGAAGAAGAAGUUAAGGAUGGAGAAGAAGUUAGGGAAGGAGAAGAAGUUAAGGAUGGGGAAAUAGUUUGGGAUGGGGAAGAAGUGAAGGAAGGAGAAGAAGUUAGGGAGGAAGAAGAAGAAGAAGAAGUUUUGGAUGGAGAAGAAGUCAAGGAUAAAGAAGAAAUUAUGGAUGGGGAAGAAGUUAAGGAGGGAGAGAUGAUUAUCAUGGAUGGAGAAGAAGUCAAGGAAGGAGAAGAAGUCAUGGACGGAGAAGAUGUUAUGGAAGGAGAAGAUGGUUUGGAUGGAGAAGAAGUUAGGGAAGGAGAAGAAGUUAGGGAAAGAGAGGAAGUUAAAGAAGGAGAAGAAGUUAAGGAUGGAGAAGAAGUUUGGGAUGGAGAAGAAGUUUGGAAUGGAGAAGAAAUCAAGGAGGAAGAAGAAGCUAAGGAAGGAGAAGAAGUUAUGGAUGGAGAUGGAGAAGAAAUUUGGGAUGUAGAUGAAGUUAAGGAAGGAGAAGAAGAAGUUAAGGAUGGAGAAGAAGUUAGGGAAGGAGAAGAAGUUAAGGAUGGGGAAACAGUUUGGGAUGGGGAAGAAGUGAAGGAAGGAGAAGAAGUUAGGGAGGAAGAAAAAGAAGAAGAAGUUUUGGAUGGAGAAGAAGUCAAGGAUAAAGAAGAAAUUAUGGAUGGGGAAGAAGUUAAGGAGGGAGAGAUGAUUAUCAUGGAUGGAGAAGAAGUCAAGGAAGGAGAAGAAGUCAUGGACGGAGAAGAUGUUAUGGAAGGAGAAGAUGGUUUGGAUGGAGAAGAAGUUAGGGAAGGAGAAGAAGUUAGGGAAAGAGAGGAAGUUAAAGAAGGAGAAGAAGUUAAGGAUGGAGAAGAAGUUAGGGAUGGAGAAGAAGUUUGGAAUGGAGAAGAAAUCAAGGAGGAAGAAGAAGCUAAGGAAGGAGAAGAAGUUAUGGAUGGAGAUGGAGAAGAAAUUUGGGAUGUAGAUGAAGUUAAGGAAGGAGAAGAAGAAGUUAAGGAUGGAGAAGAAGGUAGGGAAGGAGAAGAAGUUAAGGAUGGGGAAAUAGUUUGGGAUGGGGAAGAAGUGAAGGAAGGAGAAGAAGUUAGGAAGGAAGAAGAAGAAGAAGUUUUGGACGGAGAAGAAGUCAAGGAUAAAGAAGAAAUUAUGGAUGUGGAAGAAGUUAAGGAGGAGAGAUGA